AUGACAUUCGAUAAAAGCGUCACCAUCACAUCUGUUGAAACGGGUCCAGACCUUGAGGCUGUCAAGGUCCUGUUCCGGGCCUAUGUCGACUGGCUGGACAUCGACUUGUCCUAUCAGGGUUUCGAAGAAGAGCUUGAAGGGAUGCCAGGCAAGUAUGCACCGCCGAAGGGUGCGCUCUUUGUCGCGAAGGACUCUGGGGGCAAUGUCUUGGGAUGCGUCGGUCUAAGAGCCUUCGAUGAAGAUGGCAGAUGCGAGAUGAAGCGGCUUUACGUUUUGCCGGCCGGUCGCGGUAAGGGUGUCGGCGCAACUCUCGUUUCCCAAAUUCUGGAAACCGCGGUUGAAACCGGCUAUCGCGAGAUGCUGCUCGAUACGCUGCCGACGAUGACCGGUGCGAUAAAGCUCUACAAAGCUGCCGGCUUCGAGGAAAUACCCGCCUAUUACAAGACGCCGAUCCGCGAGACUGUGUUCUUUCGAAAAGCCCUCUAG